AGUUAAGAAAAGCCGAUCGCAGCAUCACGCAGAAAGGUUCGAAUCAGAACCGAAAGAACUUCCAUCGCGAACGCAGAUUCUCUUUAAGUCGAAUUCGUACGACUUACAAAAUUCAAAAACUCGUUCGUUAGACGAUAACAAUAAAUCGACCAAUCGAAAUUAAUCAUUUUUUUAUCGAGAUAUCUUAGUUGAUAUUUUAUUUAACGAAUUUCAUUUAAAGAAAGAAGAAAGAAAAGGAAGCAAAAUGGUUUACGAAAGCGACUUUUACACGACCCGACGACCCUACUCGAGGCCCCUUGCAUCGUCCUACAGCGUCACGACUCCUCCUGUUGUCCUACCACUAUCUACUAUUAUUCAGUUGAGGGGUUAUCUUCCUCGAAUGCCCUACAUUGCACACAAGAGGCUCGUCACCAUAGUCCAUUCACCGGUCCAUAAUGUUUACUAUGCUGGCUCGAUGAUACCAAUAAGAAUACAUUCUCGUGUACGACCCAGCGUGAUUGCUGCUGAACUCAAGAGGAUACGUGAUCUACCAAGGCCCACUACCUGGUCUUACACCGAUCAUUAUUUAAAUUCCAAGGACCACAUCUACUUCGAUGACGAGGCCAAAGAAAUACGUGCAAGAGUGGAUUCUCUUUUACGACGAGUUCACGUUUACAUACCUCGUGCAACUCCAAGCGAUUUUGUCGAGGAAAUAGUGCCGGAACGUAUGCGCAGUGGUGAUUACGUUCGUCGAUUAAUAUCCGGUAAGAACAACACGAAGAAGGAUGCUGAACCGGUAUCAUGGUAUGAUGUACCGGAAAGAGGACAGUUUGGAAAUUUGGCGUGUGUCAAAUACGUCGCUGGCAAACCCCAAUCAAUCAGGAGGCCCUACUACAAAGUUGCUGAUCUUCGUCCAUCCGAUAUCAAGAACGACGUUAAUUUUUUGAGCUACUACCAAAAAAAUCGGCAGGCUGCUGCCAAAGCUUCACCGGAUCAACCGAUGACUGAGAGAGAACUCAGAAAGGCCCGUGCCCUAGAAACCGAAGGGACCGAAUCGAUCGUGAAAAGAGAAGUUAAACCAACACCGGAAAAGAAGAUAACUGCAGCAGAAGAAAAGAAGAAAUCUAAACCAGAAGAAAUCAAACCUGUAGCAGAAGAGAAGAAAGCUGUAUCAGAAGAAAUUAAACCUAUAGCAGAAGAGAAGAAAGCUGUAGAAGAAGAGAAGAAACCUGAACCAGAAGAAAUUAAACCUGUAGUAGAAGAGAAGAAACCUGAACCAGAAGAAAUCAAAUCAGUAGCAGAAGAAAAGAAGGUAGUAGUAGAAGAACCUGUAAAAGAAGAAGUUAAGCCAAAAGCUAAAGCAGUUAAGGAAUCAAAGGUAAAAAAAUUAAAAGAAGCAGAGAAAAGUGCAGAAACAUCUAAAACAAAGGAAGCACCUGUGAAGGAACCUCCAAAAGAACAAGAAUUGGUAGCAGAAUCUGUAAAGGAGAAAGAAGUUAAGGUAGAAGCAGUUCCUGUGGAAUCUGCAGAACCUGCUCCUAAACCAGUAGAAGUUGUAGAGGAACCUCCUAAACAAGAAUCUGCAAAAGAGGAGCCUUCAAAGAAUGUACCAGCUGAGCCUGAAGUUGCACAGGUAAAGGAACCAGAAAAUGUUCCUGAAACCAAACUUGAAGUGCAAGCAAUAGAGGAAUCAAAAGUGGAACCAACAGUUGAACCAAUAGUAGAACCAACGGUAGAACCAACGGUAGAACCAACGGUAGAACCAACGGUAGAAUCAACAGUGGAACCAGAAGUAAUCAAAACUGCUGUAGAUGUACCAGAGUUUAUAGAAGAAUUGAAACCAGAAACUGUGCUAGAAGUAGAAGCAAAGCCCGUUGAGGAACCUGUAGUAGUUGAAGCUACUCCUGCGAGUUCUGAACUUGUAAGUGAAAAGGAUCAACCAGAAGAUGAGACUGAAGAAGUGAAACAAGGAAAACAAGAUGCGGCAAGAAGAGCAGAAGAAUAUUUGCGUAAAGUUGCUGAAGAAGCUAGAACCGAGGAAGAGAAAAGAAAAGCUGCGGAAGAUGAAAGGACGAGAUUAGAAUUGGAGGAAAAAAAGGCAUGGGAAGCUGUGGAAAUUGAUUUGGAUCGAAAAGCUCACAUCAAUGAAAUCCUCGAGGUUGAGAGGGCAGAAGCCGAAAGAAAAAUAGAAGAAGAAAAAUUGGAAAAAGAACGUACCGAGUUACUUCGUUUGGAAGAAGCUGAAAGACAAAUCAAUGCGGAAAAACUUCGAGCUUUGAUGGAGGAAGAAGAAAGGAUGCUGAUCGAGGAACGUGCAGAAGAAAUUCGUCAAAGGCAAGAAAGAGAAGAAAGAUUGGCUGAAGUGGCACGUGGUAUUAACAAUGAUAAAAAGGAUAUCGAUUCUUUCCGCGAAGAUCAUCUUUUCACCCCAAUAACUGAUCAGGAAUUGGAGGAGAAACCAUACGAAGUGCAAUCAGAUGAAGACACCAGGAUUGAAGAAGAAAAUGAAGAAGAUUGUCAGGAAGUGGAAGAAGUAAUCGUGGAUCCAUUCGUUCUUUCGGAAACAGAAUGUUCAGAAUCACGACCAAUAUCCAGCGGAGGUACUGCCAAAAUCGAGGAAGAUUUUGUGUGGCCUGACGAAGAAGCCUAAUCUUACUUUUUUUUCCUUUUCUUUCUAUCUUUUUAUUUCCUAUCGCGAAUAACACCCUAAACGCCGGAUGAUGUUCCUUUAUUACAGUAAUAUCACUUUUUAUUUUGCGCUAUGA